GAUACUCGAUUGCUCUGGCCUGUGACUGAACGCAACAAAACCAGACAAACCGGAAGUUGCUGCUCUGCUGCUAAAGAUGGUAGCCAGUUAAGAAUCGAGCUAAUUAGUAGCUUUCAAGCAAGAUAUUCAUCUCAAUAUAAAAUAUACAGCGCCGUAGAAAAGGACCAUUAGUCGUAACUGACGAGAUAGAGCCUACCUGCCUUUCCACGUGGAAGAAAACGGAGGACAGAGACGUGCUAACUACGGAUUUUCUACAAGGAAUCUGCAGGACAAUAUGAGUGGAGAGAAGGAAACAUUGAUGGAAGAAAUCGAACAAAGUUUACACCCUCUAACGGAGGAUCAUUUACGACACCUGUGUGAACGUUGUGGAAUAGAUGGCCCCCAAGUUAAAGGAAAGAACCAUUGCGUAUUGCAACGUAAAAUCUUGGAGGAAAUGUGGGUAAAUGCAAAUUCGGUCAAAUCGGAGGAGCAUGUAAUGUCUUGGUUACUCCAACUGAAAGAUGACAUCAGGAGGAUACAGGAAGAAUCUACUGUGGCACCCAUGAGGCCCAGCCUGUCUGAUGAUGAUGCUACAGACUGCGACAUGGAAAACAAGGAUCGGUGUCUUAGCAACGGGCUGGAGGCGGAGUCAGCUCCACAGAACCACACCCCAGAGCAGAGGCAGAGGGGACAUGUCUCUCCCACCCGCCUCCCCUCUCCCCGAGUCCCCAGGUCCUGCCUCUCCCGCUGGCACAUUACUACUGGGUUUGAAGAGUGUGUCUCUGCGGCUGGUUGACUGCAGGAAAACACUGGGGCUGAGUGGAACUACGAGAGGAGGAGAAGAGAAGGGAUAUGGAGAUUCAGAUUCGAUGUUAUCAAGUAGGAACAAUGGGGACAACCCUAACGGUCGCUCGCUCAGUGGGAGGGUCUUAUCAUCUGGGAAGGCUUCAGGGUUGAAAGUGAUCCAGCGACCUUACAGCUGUGAUGUAUGUGAGAAGAGUUUCACUCAAUCAGGAAACCUACGAAGACACCAAACAGUACACACAGGAGAGCGACCAUAUGUCUGUCCUAUAUGCGGAAAGAGUUUCCUUUUGUCAGGAACACUGUCUAGACACAAGAGAACACACACAGGAGAGAAACCAUACAGCUGUCCUAUAUGUGGAAAGCGUUUCCGUAUGUCAGGACAAUUGACUAUACACAAGCGAACACACACUGGAGAGAAACCUUAUAGCUGCGAUCAAUGUGGGAAGCGUUUUACUCAAGCUUGUUCCCUGACUGAACACAAGCGAACACACACUGGUGUGAUGUUCCACUGCUCAGACUGUGAGAAGAGCUUCCCUACAUCAGUGAAGUUGAAACGGCACCAGCAAACGCACACAGGAGAGAAACCUUAUCGCUGUGAUCAAUGUGGGAAGAGUUUUGCGAGAGCUUAUUCCCUGACUGAACACAAGCUAACACACACAGGAGAGAAACCAUAUGUCUGCGAUCAAUGUGGGAAGAGAUUUACUAACUCGGGAACACUGACUUUACAUAAGCCGACACACACUGGAGAGAAACCUCGUAGCUGUGCUAUAUACAGCUGUAAGCACUGUGAGUGGAGUUUCGCUCAUUCAGAAGACCUAGCGAGACACCACCAGAGAAAACACAUGUGGGAGGGUAUUCAUGUCUGUGAUCAAUGUGGGAAGAGUUUUGCUAGUUCUGGAGACCUGAAUAUACACAAGCGAAUACACACAGGUGAGAAACAAUAUGUCUGUGAUCAGUGUGGAAAGAGUUUUGCUAGUUCGGGAAACCUGAAUAUACACAAGCGUAUACACACUGGGGAGAAACCAUAUGUCUGUGAUCAAUGUGGGAAGAGCUUUGCCUCAUCUGGAUUCCUGACUAAACACAAGCAUAUCCACACCGGAGAGAAACCUUACAGUUGUGAACGGUGUGAGAAGAGAUGUGUUUCCAAAGGAGAGUUGAGAACGCACCAGCUUGUACACCCCAGAGAGGACUCUCUCUUCCUGUGUGAUCGAUGUGGGAAGAGCUUCACACACAUGGGAUCCCUGAAUGUACACAUGCGUAGGCACACAGGAGAGAAACCCUACCGCUGCGAUCAAUGUGGGAAGAGCUUUAUUCAGCCAGUAGAAUUGAAAAUGCACCAACGAGUGCACACUGGAGAGAAACCCUACAGCUGUGAUCUAUGCAGGAAGAGAUUCGCUCAGUCAGGACUGCUGACUGUACACAAGAGAACACACACUGGAGAGAAACGUUAUAAAUGUGAUAUAUGUGGGAAAAGAUUUGCUCAGUCAGGAAACCUGAAGAGUCAUCAGAAAACCCACACAGGCAGAAAGAGAACCCGCACAGGUGGAGAGAAAAUCCCCACAGGCAGAGAGAGAAGUCAAACAGACAGACUGAAUCACCACCACACCUCCGUCCUCUCAGGCAUCAGUUCUCAGGAUUCCUCUGUGGACUCUGGGUAAACAUCACAGGAUCCCCUCUGUAUUGACUCUGGGUAAACAUCACAGGAUCCCCUCUGUAUUGACUCUGGGUAAACAUCACAGGAUCCCCCCUGUAUUGACUCUGGGUAAACAUCGCAGGAUCCCCUCUGUAUUGACUCUGGGUAAACAUCGCAGGAUCCCCCUGUAUUGACUCUGGGUAAACAUCGCAGGAUCCCCUCUGUAUUGACUCUGGGUAAACAUCGCAGGAUCCCCUCUGUAUUGACUGGGUAAACAUCACAGGAUCCCCUCUGUAUUGACUCUGGGUAAACAUCACAGGAUCCCCUCUGUAUUGACUCUGGGUAAACAUCACAGGAUCCCCUCUGUCGACUCUGGGUAAAAUAGCCCACUCUGUAUUCCAUAUACAGUGUACAUUGGAGGUGGCAGAGUAUGAAGUGCUGUUGGAUAUGUAAGACUCCUCAAGUCAUAUUGGUUAGUAUUUUGUUACAAUACGAAUAUCCGCAAGUGAUUUUAAUGUGCGUUUGUGUCUGACCACGUCCACCGGGAAUUCUUAUUGGUCAAUAGUGGCCAUGGUUUUAAAAUUUACUAGCCUAGAAUAUAUUGCCUUACGAGACUUUUGUCCAUAGAGGGACACCAUUAUCAAGUUUCCUGCAGAUCAGGUCAUUCGGUUGCAGAGGAGUAAUGGUUUUUAAGUGGGUUUUUUCAUUCAAUUCAAAAUGGCAGAAAAUCCAUCAUGGUGGCACUUCUGGUUCUGAGGAGAAGGAUCUAUAUAUCUAUAUCUAUAUAUCUAAAUCAAAUCAAAUCAAAUCAAAUCUAUCAAAUCAAAUAUAUCUAUAUAUAUAUAUACUGCAUUUCAUGACUUUAGAUCAAAAUUUGCAUUUUCAAUCUCUUGUUAUAGCGCCACCAUCUGGUCAAAUCAGUGUGUGUGAGCUCUAAAAAGGGCAGGAUGCAUCAUUCACUGGAGUGUUUUGUCAAAAUCGGGCCAGUAGUGUCAGAUAAUUGCGUGUGACAAACCUAAAAAUGUACAAACGGGAUGAACAUGGUGCUUUCAAGAUAACUGGGAACUCUGGGAGGGACAAGGUCAAUAUAUUCCAGAUGAGGUCAUGACAUUGGUGAUCUGGUACGGCUGAACCGUGAUGCAAUAGGGGUGUGUUCCUACGCUUAGACGCUGCUGACUACUGACAGCUCUUACAACGCCUGGAUAGGUAUUUCACCUAUCAGCUAACCAACCACAUAUUGUUAUAGCCUGGUGAGGAGGAGGAGCUCUGCAGAACGUGUCCUGAAGUAGUUUAGCCGUGCUCUGUAGAGUUGCUAUUUUCUCAAUGAACUUGUGACAUUCCUGGAUUACUCAUUAUAUUAAUGAAGUCUGAUUCAAAUCAACAAAUACGAUCAUUUGUUUUAUUAAAUUAAAAAAGGUUAUGGGUCCAAGACUGUACAUAUCUGGUGGCUGUGUUGGCAAAAAUCACUACAUAUCCCAUCGUGCCAAGUAGGGAGAUGCUGCCCGUUGUCACAGUUCCAAGACCAGUCAGAAACGUCCAGCUAAAACCCUACGUCAAUGACGUCGGUGGAUCUUUAAACUGAUCUUAGGUCUGUGUUAAGUAGCAAAAAAACAACAACAGAUGGCUCGAACCAGUCAUGACGAUUCAACAAAACAAUAAAUCCUUUUCAACUUUCUUUGUCUCUGAACUUACAAUAAAUAGCCCCAAGUCAUUAUAUAUUUAAUUUGGCUAUUUGCCUCAUGACUCCUGCAUACUUUGUUGACUACAAACUUUCUUUACCCAAUUGUGGGACAGGCUGUUUGUUCCCACACUCAGGACUCGGACUCUCUAUUGGUUACACAGACUUUUGGCCUCCCAUCCUAUUCUAACCACCUCUCGCCAGUUUCGGUAUUCAUGUUACCUGAUGAAA